AUGGGGAAGGUAACGCCAGCCAAGAGGAAGGUGGAGACGCCUUCGGCCGUGAAGGCCCUGGUGGACAAGAUCGUGGCCACGCCGUGCCUGCAGCUGGCCGAUGUGUUCGGUCCUUUUGCAUGGACGUUUGGGAGGGGUGACUUUCAACACUGGAUCGCGGUGCUCAACCACUUCGAUGAGUUCUUCGAACAGCACGUCAAGCCGAGGGCGGACCUGGAGCUCAGGGAUCUGACGCGUUCAGUCGCGGAGCCGUUCCCCCUGGCGCCGUGCCUGUGGAUUCUCAGGACGUCCAACGUCAUCCUGGACAACUGCGCCAACAGGCACAUGUACGCGUCGUCUGAGCACCUCGCGUCGCUCCUAGCGCACGAAGACGAUGACGUGGCGCUCGGUGCGCUCGGAGUUCUCGCCUCGGCCACGCGCAGGCCCCCGGGUACGCGCUCCAGCAACAGGUUCAGGGCGGAUGCGAGGAUGGCGGGCCGGCUCGCCGCUCUUUGCGCCGGACUGCACGACGGCGCGUCCAAGGGCGGUGACGAGCACAAGGCGGCCGAGCGCGGCGCGAACAAUCGGUCCGUCGCGUCCUCCGCGACGGUGUUUGGCCAAAAGAUUGGCGCGAACGACCUGGAGAGCGGAAACAGCUGCGACGUUCACUUUGAAUUUUAUAGCGAAGGCGACGGCGCGACCAGGCUCAUCGCCGAGGAUGUUCGCGCCGGGUCACCGAUGGCGACGGCGUCGGAGCUGGUGAGCAAGCAUGGCGUACCCGACGAACUCAAGUUCACGCUGUACGCGAGGGUUCGGCUGGCGAAGCUCGCGGCGACGAUGCGGGGCGCGGCGAUUGCGACGCAGAUUCGGCUGUGCGCGUUUUGCGUGCUGCUGCAGAGCGAGCUCACCGCGGCGGGCGGGGACGAUCAGGGGCUGCAGUUCAUCAGGGAGCCCUCGCCGGAGUUCGUCGCGGAGCUGCUGAGGAUACUGAGGCUCGAGGGAGACGGCGGGUGCCCCCCCGCGGUGGUGGAACUCGCACUCAGGGUGCUGGCCGCGUUGGCGGGUGACCGGGCGCACCAGGGCGGGGUCAUCACCGCGAUGCGCGCGGGUGGCCAGCCGCAGGUGUUCGCCGCGCUGGUGAACAGCGCGGUGCAGCGGCUGACCGCGGCGCCGUCGCCGCCCAUCGGUAAGCAGGUGGGCGAGAGCUCGCUGCCAACGCUGGAGGUUGAGUCCAUCAACGCGGAGGCUGACGCGCCGGUGCCCCUCGCGGAGGCUCUCGUCGCGCUGCUCGGCACCCUGGUCAUAUCCCACGGCGGGUGCCAGACCUUACGGGACGUGAGCCUGCUCCCCGUGUUGCUGCCGCUGUUGAGGAACAGGAACCCGAGGCACCUGCACAUCGUGUCCCACGCGGUGCACGUGCUCGAGAUUUUCAUGGAUUACGCCAGCGCCGCGGCGGCGGCUUUCCGCGAGCUCGGCGGGUUGGACCUCGUGGUGGACAGGCUGCGGCAGGAGACACGGGACGCGCUCGACGAGUUCGAGGCGACGCAUAAGGACAGGGAUGACGGGGACAACGAGAAGGGGAGCGUGCACUUGGUGUCGUCGCAGCGCAGGGUGCUGAUUAAGGCUCUGAUGCGCGCGAUGGCGCUCACGAAUUUCUCCCCGGGGAUGGGCAACGUCCCCGCCGCGGGUCUCGACGACGGUAAGUUGUGCCUGGCGCUGAACGACAUCUUCGGCAGCGCCAGAUUGUUCGGCAGCGGGGUGUUCUCGCUCGCGGCGAACCUCCUGUGCGACGUGAUGAACCACGAGCCGACGAGCUACUGGAAGCUCGAGAAGCACGGCACCCCCGAGGCGUUCAUCGCGGCUUGGGAAAAGCCCAAGGAGCACGCGCCGUUGCCAUCCGCGGACGCGCUGGCGUGUCUGCCCGUCACUCUGGGCGCGCUGUCGCUCUCCGCGGAGGGCCUCGAGAGGGUGAAGAAGUCCAGGGCCCUGGAUGCGCUCGCCGAUGCUUUUACCACCCGCACCUACGCCAAGCUCUUGCAGGGCGAGACUGCGAGCACCAUCGGCGGCAACCUGGACGAGCUGCUCAGGCACGUCCCCAGCCUCCAGGAUAUGGGCGUGAGACUCGCGGUGGACGUGCUCCGUCGGCUGGUGGAACUGGGCGGCGGCACCGUGGAGCAUGCGCAGGAUUCCAAGGUUGAUAAGGACCCGGUGAAGAAGGCGAGGAUGGACGGCGACUCUAGCCCGGGUGGCGCCAGCGAUUCUCCCAGAGGAAUGGACACGGACUCUGCCGAGAAGGAAGAGCCGGAUGAGAAGCAGCUUUCGCCCUCGUUCCUCAUGGAGGCGGUGGCCAACGCGGCGCACCUGAUCGACAGCAUGCUCCCCACGGACGAGUGCGGCCAGAAGUUUGUUGAGCAGGGCGGAAUGCAGCUCCUGAUUCAGCUGCACACCCUGCCACUGCACGGACCAAAUUUUUCUUCCUCGUCGCAGUGCCACGCGCUCUCCGUCACGCUCCGCGCACUCGCUGGGCAACACUCGAAGGAGCUCGCCAAAAAGGUGCAGGUUGCGCUGGGCACGGCUGUCGAGAAGGCAAUCCUCGCGAUGAGUCACGGUCAUGAGAACGACUUGUAUCCGCCUUUCGCUCCGAUGAGGGAUUUCCAGUGGCGCUGCAUCAAUGAAGAGAAAAUGGAAACCAUCGGCCACGGGGCACCCAAUCCCUUGCCUGUUGAUUCUAUCGCAGCGAAGGCAAAGAAGAUUCGCGCAGCGCUCGCAGACGCGGAGGCGCUACUCAACCUCACUACCACGCUGAUCAGAUCGUCUCCCGGCAUGCUACCAACGCUGUGCAGCGGCGACGACAGCUGGACUUCCCAUAGGUCUCACGACGCCAAUGGUUGGGUUCCGGGACUGAUCACGAGGAUUUCACACCUCCAGCGACAGGUGCAGGCCACCGCAGCAGUGCUCCAAGAUGAGUACGGAUUGAGAAAAUGUGAUAUGGAGGAAAAUCAGAAGAAAGUCAAGGAGCACAUCGCGGAGUGGUGCAAGCAGACGGGAGGUCAAGAGAAGGAUUUCGAUGAGAACGACCCAAAUGUGGAUGCGGCAUUAUCGGGCAAAAUCCGCCUGGCGAAGCAGUCUGUGGAGGUGUUGCAGCUGAUGCAAUCGCUGCAGUCGCUGUCCAACCACUUUGUCACCUCGCACAACUACUUUUGCUCGUCUCUCGCGAAGGCCGCGAGCGGGAUCAGACAUAGGCACCGCGACGAGAACUCUGUGCAGUCGCGCGGCGCCGCGUGCGAGCUCGCUGUGCAGGUGUGCAGAACCCUGCAGGAAAUCGCCGAAUUUGACUACAAGGAAACCGAUGACCACCGGGACUUCAGGCGGGCGCAGCGGGCGUUUGACGACGUGUACGCGAUUCUCAUCGACACCAGACGCCGAUGCAGCCAGGGAUUGGUGCUUAAUUACAUGCGCCAGAACUACAAGAGGGUGGCUGACUCCACCGCCACCGACGGCACCGGCCUCGACCUAAUCGCCGAGGCCUUCGCGGUGGUGUGGCAGCAAUAUGUCAGAUGCGUUGGGAAGAAAAGCGCCUUGAAGCCUCUUGAAGAAGGGGCGGAAAAGACCGAAAUCCAGACAGAGCAUGAGAAGUGGCAAAACCGCGCCGAGAUCAUGGAGCAUGCGCUCAAGACGGGCAUCGGGCUGAUUCAGCAGCUCGUUAACAUCGCCGUGCUGAUGGGCUCAUCCGUGUCCGCCACGCUCCUCACCGCGAGCCUUCCCAAGUUUCGCGCGCCGAACAAGCUCGCGAAGAAAGCUGAGACUUACGUCAGCGGCGUGUUGGCGCUGGAUGAGAUCAUCGCCAGGAACGACGCGGCGGUGUUUGAGCAGAGUAUGAAGGAGGACUCGUCGCCGACCGUGAAGCAGUUUGCGGAUGUACUGCACGCCGCGAUGCUCCCCGCGUUGAUGAAGAUUUGGAACUCGGACUCCCUCAAGUCCUGCCCCACGCAAGUGCUGGUGGUGCUAAUGGCGGCGAUGCGGCACCUCCGCGACGGCACCGGGAAGGUUGACGCGCACGAAGGGCCGCCGAGGCGGGGGCGGACCGGAUCGGGCGGCGCGGCGCGUCUGCUUGGCGGGCUCGCGCCAGCCCCGCCGCCUCCUCCCCCGCCGUUUGUUCCGUCGCCUUCCAUGAUGGCGUCUAUCCAGGAGAUGGGUUUUUCAGAGCCGCAGGCGAGGGCGGCGCUGGUGGCGGUGCGCGGGCAGUCCAUCGAGAUCGCCAUGGAGUGGCUCUUCACGCACCCGGAGGAAGCGGCGGCGGCGGACGAGGCUGCUGCUGCGGCGGCUGCCACCACCACACCCGCCCCCGAAGAGAAGAAGGAGGAGAAGGAGGAGAAGGAGGAGGAAAUCACGCCGUCGCAGGAUGAGCUGGCCAGGGCCAUGGCCAUGUCCAUGGACGAAGCCGAGGCUGCUGACGCCGCUCCGCCCGCCGCGGAGCCCAAGAUUGAGCUCAUAUCACAGGAGAAACUCAUGGCCGACGGACUCCCGGCGAGUACCUGCCUGCGCACGCUCCUGGACCGCGAAUGCAAAAUGCCCGCGGCGGCAGACCUGAUCGAGCCAAUGAUGGACAUUUGCCAGGCGAACGAGGACAUGGUGUUCCCUUGCGUCGGCCUCUUCAAAGCCGCAGUCGGUCCCGCAAAGGAAGCCGAGCAGAAGAGCGCGAUGACCCGGAUCUUGACGAUGGUCGUCAACGCUUUCGAUCCCGAGACAUUCUCCGAGCCGGACCUGUACACCAACAGCCGCUUCCUCGCGCUCUUGCUCUCGGACAGAAACGGUUUGCGAGAAAUCGCCGCGGACGUCGACUGUUUGAUGACCGUUUCGUCCGAGCCCGGGGACGUGCAGGCUGAACGCGCCAGUCGCGUCGAUAACAUGCUCGUGGACUUUACGGACAGGGCCGUGUGCGCGCUGGAGCGAUUCCUCUCAGAGCACAAGGAGUCGGGCUCGGCGGUGAUGCCCAAGUGGUUCGCGACGCUCGUGCUGGUGAUCCACGCAAUCGCGCAGUGGCGAGGCGUGAAGCCGAUGGAGUUUGACAGAACCUCCAACGAAUGGGAGACCAAGCGCCCGAACAUGCGUCAGCGCCUGGAGCAGGAGAGAACCGACGAGGAUAAGCUGGACGCCGCGUACGUGAAGCACAAGACGAACCCGGCGGAUGCGCUGAAGUCCGUCAUCGGCUCACCCAUGGGCUACCUCGACGACGACAUGUGCGAUCGCGCGACGAAACUGUGCAUCGACAUACUGCUUCUUACUGAAACCCAGGGCGAGGAGGUGGACCCGUCCGAGACCAUCGUGGGUGCGCUCACGUCGGAUGAGGACGUGGGUGGCGUGCAAGCCGCGCUCCAGCUGCUGUCGCACCUGACCAAGGACCACCGCCGCGCGUGCAUGCUCCUCAAGCCCAAAAACUGCAUAAACACGUUACUGAACGUCCCGAGGAAAUUCGCGUUUGCCGCGUACGAUGCGCUGGCGUCUUCGAUCCUGCGACACGUGGUCGAGGACCCCGAGGUUCUGCAGGCUGCGAUGGCCACGGAGAUUCACACGAUCCUGGGCGAUCAAUCCAAGAUCAACUCGCGACGGUUCAUGCCGCAGGCUAUGCCGGUCAUCUCGAGGGACCCCGCGGCUUUCGUCGCAGCCAUGGAGAAGUGCUGCGUCAUCACGCAGGGCGCCAGAGGAGACCCGCGGCAGGUUGGUUUCUUUGUGCAUCUUCGCAAGAGGUACAUCGACGACGAGAAUCGCAAGGUCGCAUCUUCGCAAGGUCGCAAUUUGGACCCCAGAACCGACGUCUCACCCAAGGACAGGGAGGCCUACCUCGCGUCCCCUUCGUCCAGGGCGCUCAAGUCUCCGGCUGGUGACACCGCGGCCAAGAGCCAGGGCAAGGGCCACGGGAAGAAAAAGGCGCAUCCGUCGUUCGCGACAGUGAUCCAGGCGCUCGUCGACGCGGUGAUGGCGUAUCCGACGGACGCGGAGCGAGCCGCCGAGUGGGGCGAGGGGGGCGGCACCGCAGCCGUGGACGCCAUGGAAACAUCCGCGGAGGUUGACUCGAAGGAGGUUGACUCGAAGGAGGUUGACUCGAAGGAGGUUGACUCGAAGGAGGUUGACUCGAAGGUGAAUGCGCCGUCGCUUGCGGCUGUUCGCGCCUCCCUCGCGCUUCGCCUGCUCACCGAUUUCACCCUCGUGUACGGCGCCGCCGCCGGGCAGAUCCUUCGCAUGGACGCGCCGACCGAGGGAGCCAAGAGCGGCCUGCUCAAGCACGUCCUCUACGUCCAGCUCCCCGAGGCCAAGGCAAAGCUCGGCGAAGCCGACAAGGACGGCAGGCCCGCGGCGGGCGGAUGGGACGGCGGCGAACGAGCCGCGUACCUUCUCCUCGCGCUCUGCGUCCGAUCGUCGGAGGCGAGACGCAGGGUGCUUCACGAGGUGAGCGUCGCGUUGAAAUCGGCGGAUGCGCUCGUGAAGAACGCUCGCGAAGGCCCGGGACCCGCUCGAGCGUUUGUGGAUCUGGUCAACGCUCUCCUGGCGUACGCGGGGGGUAAACCCGCGGGGUCCGCGCCGGGUGCCCAGAACAACGGCGAGGGCAAGGACCUCCAAAGGCGGUACGCCGGUGACUUGCAGCGGUGCAUGAAGGACGCGAACCUCCUCCCGGCCAUGUGCGCGGCGCUGGACGGGGUGGACCUCAACGACGCCGCCGCGCCGGUGCUCGUCAACGCGAUCUUGCGGCCGCUGGAGGUGAUGACGCGGCCGGCGCCCCCGCCCAAGUCGCCUGCGUCGCACCCGCGGCUCUCGCAGGGCGCGGGGGAGACCGCCGCCGCCGAGACCGCCGCCGAUGCUGCGAACGCGCCGGGCUCGAUCGAGCGACGUAAUCGUGGGCAGGGCAACGAAGGGGGCCACGGGCUGGCGAGAACCGCCACGAUGGCGGCGGAGCACGACCCGGAGCAGAUGGCGCAGCUCGAGCAGGUUGCCGGUCAGAUGUUCGAGUCGAUGGACCGCGACGACGAGGACGACGACGAAUCCGGCGAGGAUGAGUCGGGCGAGGAGGACGAGUCGGGCGAAGAGGACGAGGACGACGAUGAAUCCGACGAGGACUCCGACGGCGAGGCGGACAUCGACCUCAUGGACGAUCACGAAGAGCAGGAGGUUGAAAUGGUCCACGACGAGGGCGACGGCGAGGAGGAGGACGCCGCCGUCGACCACGGGCACCACCACGGCCACGACGACGACGACGAGAUGGAAGCCUCGGACGAGGAUGCCGAGGACGAAGACGCCGAGGACGAUGACGAAGACGAUGAUCACGAUGAGGAGGAGGGCGCCGAGAUCAACAUCGAGGAGGACGUCGACGACGACGGAGACGAGGAAGUUGGCGCCGACGACCGGUGGGACGUCGACGACCAGGACGACCACUUCGACCUCUUUCCCCCGUUCGACGAGCACGGUACCGACGCGGCCCCACCCCCGGGUGGAUGGGGACCGGGUGAGAUCGUCCCGCUCCACGGCCACGCGCACGCGUUGGGACACGGCGAAGAGGAGGACGUGAUGCACUUUGGCGGUGAGGACGACGGCGACGACGACGGCGUCGACGCGGGCGACGACGACGACGGCGACGACGACGACGGCGCCAGACUCGCUGAGCAGCUGCAGGGUCUCAUCGGUAACAUCGCGAACCAGGUUGGCGCCCAGGGCGGCGGGCCCGCCCCCGUCGUCGAGUUGCGGGUGAGGGACAACCGGCUUCGCGAGCUGGUCAUGCGACGGGGCGGUCGCGCGAUUUUGCGGCCGGACGACAUCGGGUCGCUCGUGGCCGGCGCGGGCGCGCCGGGGGGCGCGGGCGCCGCUCGCGCGCGCGGCGCCAACAACCUCGCCGGCGGCGGCAUCCUCUCCGACAUCUUCAACCUCCGAAACUCGCUCGAAGAGGCUCGAAGGGGCGCCGCGACGAGCCCGGCGUCGCGGCGCGGCGGCGCAAACUCCACCAGCGCGGGUAUCGCCACCGACGCGGAGCUCAUCUACGAUCCCACCCGCGGCGCCGGCGGGAUGGAUCCGCUCGAGCAUCCGCUCCUGGGCCGCCGCCCCGUCGAUUUCGCGCGGGGGGGCACGAGCGCGAACGCGAACGCGAACGCCGCCGGCGGAUCGGGCGCCGGCGGAGCCGAGGCUUUGCGGGGUCGGACGCCGCGAGCCGCCGGGAUGCACUCGGUUCUCGCGUCGAUUUCCGGCGAGAUGUCUCGACUCGCCGUCGGUCCCGGCGCGCCUCAAACGGGCGGUCGCGGCGCGUUCCAGGUCAUCGGCGCCGGCGAACAGAAUGGGAGGCUCUUCGUCUUGCCCGAGGUGACGGAUCUCGGAUCGCUGCUUCGCGUGGAGCGAUCCGACGGGGGUCGCGGCGCGGCUAGCUCAUCUACAGCUGGCGGCGACGACGGCGGCAGGCGCUGGGACCCGCCGCGGGUCGGUGACGCGCGAGCGGCGACCUGGGCCGAUCCGAGCCGCGGCAGCGUCGCGCCCCGGCACGUCAACCCGUGCCUGGACGCCGCGGCGAGCGACCUGGAGGCGCACCUCGCGGGUAUUCUCCGAGCGGAGCCCGCCGCUCAGCCGCCGCCGGCUGCCGACCAGCCGGCGGCGGAGCCCGAGAAGACCACCACGGAGGGUGACGUGGAGAUGGCGACUGAACCCGAGCCGGAACGUGCCCCGGAGCCCUCCUCGACGCCCGAAGCGGAGGCGCCUGCUCCUCCUGUGGCGGAUGAGGCGCCCCCCGUGGAGACUGCCGCCGACGAGAUCCGGGAGCACCCCAUCACCGCGGAACCUUCCGAGGAGGAGGACGACGACGAGGACGAAGAGGAACCCGAGCCCGAGGACCAGCCCAUCGACUCCGAGUUCCUCAACGCCCUUCCCCCCGACCUCCGCGAGGAACUCCUCGCCACCAAUCGGCAGAUCGCCAGGCUCAACCGACGAAACACGAGCGCCGACGCCAGCGCCGCCGCCUCGAGUCAACUCGAGCCCAUCGACCCGUCCUUCAUCAGCGCGCUCCCGCCGGAUAUGCAGGCUGAGGUUGUCCAGCAGCAGAGCCGGGAGGUCGCCCGCGUCAUGCGCGAGCGCGCCGCGGAGGACGCGAGGCGAUCCGCCCAAGCCGCGGCGGAGGCUGCCGCGCGGGCCGCCGCCGCCGCCGCCGCCGCGCCCGAGGGUGAGCGAACGGAGGCGCAGAGAGCCGCCGCCGAAGCAGCCGCCGCCGCCGCGCAGGCGGCGGCGCAAGCCGGAGGCGCGGCGCAGGGCGGCAUGGACAACGCGUCCGUCAUCGCGUCGUUUCCCGAGGAGCUUCGACAGGAGGUGCUCCUCUCCGCGGACGAGUCCGUGCUCGCGACGCUGCCCGAGGCGCUUCAGGCUGAGGCCAGGACGCUCCGCGAGAGGCACGCGCAGCAGAUGCGGCAGUUUCAAAACGCGGGAGCCGCCAGAGCCGCGGCGGAGGCGGCAGCCGCCGACGGCAUGGAGGACGACGACGAAGCCGGCGGGACCGCCGCCGCCGCCUUCUCGAGGCAGCUCAGGACCAUGCUCGGGCUCUCGGGCCCGGGGCCGCUGGGCGGCGGCGGCGGUCGGGGGGGCAGGGGCGAACGAAUGUUGGCCGGGGCGUUAACCGCCGCGGACAGAGCCGCGAAAGCGGCGAAGCUCGCGUCGCCCGCGGUGGACCGCGACGCGCUCCUCACGCUGGUCAGGCUGCUUCGCCUGGCGCCGCCCCCGGCUAAGGGCCUGCUCCCAAAGGUUCUCCUCAACCUCGCGGCGCACGCGCCGACCCGCGACGCGCUCCUCAGGCUGCUCUUCGCCAACCUGCGAGCCGUGAUGGAGGCCAACGAGGGCGGCGGCGGCGAUUGCGGCGCGCUCUACGGCCGGGACGUGCACGUCGUAUGCUCCAAGCCCGACGCCGCGGCGAGACUCCUCGCCAAACGCGCGCUGGAGACGGCGGUGUUCCUCGCCAGGCACAGCGCGUUCAUAUCCAGGAGGAUCCCCGCGCUGGCGGUGACUUUGAGCGACGCGGCCGACGCCGCCGCGGCGGGGGCGCUCGGCGCAAAGUCACCCCCGAAAUUUGCAAACGAGAUUGGCACGGACGAGACGGUCCUGACCAGAAGUCCGGCCUCCAUCCCGCUUCCCGCGGCGAGGCCCGACGCCGGCUCGGCCGGCGGCGACGGCGUCGUGGCGCUGCUGCUGAGGUGCCUCGGAUCGACCGCGUUUGCGCCGCACGUGGGUCACCUGGAGCUCAUCCUGCAGCUGCUGGACGCGACGCUCAGGUCCAGCGCGUUCGAGUUGGACUACCACGUCAGGGCUCUGCGAAUACACAGGGAGGCGGAGGAGACGAGGAGAAAGGCGAAUGAGGAGAAGAGCAAAAAGGAGGCGGAGACGCGAAGGACGGCGGCGGAGAUCACGGAGGCGCCCGGGGAGGAGGACGCGACGCUCGCGAUGGACGAAGGCGUCAACACGGCGUCAACGCGGAUGGCUCUUCACAAGGAAAAGGACGAGAAAAAGGACGUCGAGAUGGUCAGGCCACACGGAACCGAAGACUUCGCCGUCGCCCGCAUCCGCGAGGCGCUCGCGUCCGACUACGCCCGGCUCUCCGCCGUCGCGACCCUGCUCGGCCGCGACGGGCUCACCGAUUCCGUCUACGCCAAAGCCGCCGACGUGUGCCGAGCGUUGGCCGACGUCGCCCCCGCCGCCCGCGACGCGCUCGCCUCCGCGCUCUCCGCGCAGGUCAGGUCCAGGAUCGAGGACGCGGUGGCUAACCUCGAAUCCGUGCGAUUCACCGCGUCGGUUGGGAGGACCGCGCAGACGAUGGGCGCGAAGGAGGCGGAGGCUGAGGCGGCGGCGGCGGCGGCGGCGGCGAAGCUUCCCCCCUCCGUCGCGUCGUCGGGUUCCGCGAUUCUUCGCGUGUCGCACGUCGUCGCCGCGCUUCUCAAGUUUGACGUCGACGCGGCCAAACGCGAGGAGACUGAGGCGGCGGGUAACGCCCUCGCGGCCGCCGGCGCGGGCCCCGGCGAAGUGAUCCCGCCGCCGCGCUCCGGCGCCGACGUCGAAGCCGAGCGACGUCGACGACGAAAAGCUAUGGGCCGAGCGAUUCAAUCAUUCGCCGACGAGCUCAACCCGGUGUGGGCCGCGCUCAGCGAGGCGUGCACCGUGCUCGAGCCGCAGAUCGCCGCCGCGGCGGCCGUCGCGGCGGCGUCCUCCCGGGGGGGCACCGCGGCGCCCGCGCUGCCCGCGGGCGCGAGGCAGAUCCAGCCCGUCGUCGAGGCGUACUUUGCCCUCGCCGCCGCCAUCAACGACGCGUCCAAGCGAGUCGCCCCCGAAGCCUCCGUCGAGGAACCGGGAGGAAGGAACGCGACCAUCUCCUCGCCCGAGCGGGGCGGCGUCGUGGGGUCCGACGAGGGUUUGGUGUCGUCGAAUGCGGCGUCGUCGGGCCUGGACGCGGACGACCGCGCCGCGUUUGGUCUGUCGAGGGUGACGUCACCCGCGUUUGGACUCGCGAGGAGCGCGACGCCCGCGAAUGGUGCGGCGACUGCUGGCGGCCGGGCUCCUCACUCGAGUGGUCCAUCGGCGUCUCAUCCCGGGGGGGCGGAUCUCGCGCCGGUGGCGGAGGAGGAGGCGGACGCGGGCGCGGACAAAGACGGGCCGGGCGGGGUGACGAGCGUGUGGAACUUCACCAACGAGCACCGCUCGGUGGUCAACGCGCUGGUCCGGUCGCAGCCCGGGUUGCUCGACGGCAGCCUGCGCCUCAUGCUGGAGAAGCCGCGCCUGCUGGAUUUCGACAACAAGCGGUCGUACAUCCGCGGCAAGCUGAAACGGCUCGCGGAGCGCGAGCAGAUGCGGGGAUCGCACCACGGCCCGGUCCGCGCGCAGAUCAACCGCAAGCAGGUGCUCACCGACUCGUUCAUGCAGCUCCAGCACCUCAAGCCGGCGGAGCUGAGGGGCCGACUGACGAUUCAGUUCUCCGGCGAGGAGGGCAUCGACGCCGGCGGCGUCUCCCGCGAGUGGUACAUGCUCCUCGCCAGGGACAUGUUCAACCCCGACAAGGCGCUGUUCGAGCUGUCUCCGUCCGGCGACGGCGCGUACCAGCCGUUCGGCAACUCCGGCAUCAACGAGACGCACUUGGCGUACUUCAAGUUCAUCGGUCGGAUCAUCGGUAAAGCCGUGUACGACGGGUACCUGGUUGACGCGCACUUCACCCGGCCUUUUUACAAGCACAUGCUGAACAUACCGCUCAACUACGACGACAUGGAGGCGUUCGACCCGGACUACCACAAGAGUCUGGUGUACAUGCUGGAGCACCCGCUGGAGGAGAGCGGGCUCGAUUACCUGACCAUGUCCGCGACGGCUGAUUAUUUUGGGAUGGAGACGGUUGUCGACUUGAUCCCCGACGGGCGGGACGUGAGCGUCACCGACGACAACAAACUCGAGUACGUCAACCUCGUCGCGGCGCACAGGAUGACCAACGCGAUCAAGGAGCAGAUCGCCGCGUUCACCGAGGGUUUCAACGACAUAGUUCCGCACGAGAUCAUCUCCAUCCUCAACCCGUCGGAGCUCGAGCUGCUCAUAUCGGGCACGCCCGAGAUUGACAUCGACGACUUGAAGAACAACACGGAGUACACCGGGUACACCACGUCCGCGCCGCAGGUGCGAUGGUUCUGGGAGGUCGUGAAGGACCUCAGCGAGGAGGACCGCGCGCGCUUGCUGAUGUUCGUGACGGGAACGUCCAAGGUUCCGUUGGACGGUUUCAAGGCGCUGCAGGGCAUCAGCGGGCCGCAGAGGUUUCAGAUUCACAAGGCGUACGGCGGCGGUCAGAGGCUUUGCAGCGCGCACACGUGUUUCAACCAGCUGGACCUGCCGGAGUACAACACGAAGGAGGAGCUGAAAGACCGGCUUCUGUUCGCAAUUAGAGAAGGCAGUGAGGGUUUCGGCUUCGGCUAGCCAGAUUCCACGAGAGAUAGCGUUGGCCGGGUAAACAUCCCCGCGCGACAACACGCAACAAAUUGUAGAAGGAAUGUAAGAGUGAGAGAAAUUCUAAGCG